AUGGCGAACAACACACCCAGCAAUGUACCCCCAACACACCCAGCACCAUGUACCCAACACACCCGCUCACAUGCACCCAAACACCCAAGCCAACAUGUACCCAACACACCCCAGAAACAGCAUGUACCCAACACACCCUCCAGCACCCAAUGUACACACACACAGCAUGUACCCAACACACCCAGCAAACAUGUACAACAACACCCACCCAGCACAGUGUCCCAACACACCCAGCAUACCAAUGCACCCAAGCACACCCAGCAACCCAUGUACCCGCAACACACCCAGCACAUGUACCCAACACACCCGCAACAUGCACCCAACAGACAUGCACAGGUUACCCAACACACCCAGCACAUGUACCCAACCCAAACACUAACCAAAUGUACCCCAACACCCCCAGCACAUGUCCCAACACCCCAACAAUGCACACCAACAGCCCAGCACAUGUACCCACACACCAGCACAUGUACCCAACAACCCCCAGCAGAAUGCACCCAACACACCCAGCAAUGUACCCAACACACCCAGCACAUGUACCCAACACACCCAGCAAAUGCACCCAACACCCCAGCACAUGUACCCACACACCCAUCAAUGUACCCAACACACCAGCACAUGUACCCACCACCCAGCAAAUGCCUCUCAACACACCCAGCAAUGUACACAACACACCCAGCACUGUACCCAACACACCAGCACAUGCACGCAACACACCCAGCAAAAUGUACCAAACACACCAGCACAUGUACCCACCACACCCAGCAAAUGCACCCACACACCCAGCACAUGUACCCACACGGAAGCAGACCCAGCACAUGUACCAACACACCCAACAAAUGCACCCAACACACCCAGCACAUCCCCAACACACCCAUCAAUGUACCCAACACACCCAGCGAAUGCCACCCAACACAACCCACACAUGCACCCACACACCCAGCAGAUGUCCCCAACACACCCGCAAAUGCACCCAACACACCAGCAAUGUACCCAACACACCCAGACAUGCCCCACACACACAGCAAUGGUACCCAACACACUAACACAUUGCAACCAACCACCCAUCAAUGUACCCAAACACAGCCCAGCAAAUGCACCAACACACCCAGCAAUGUACCCAACACACCCAGCAAAUGCACCCAACACACCCAGCAAAUGUACCCAACACACCCAGCAAAUGCACCCAACACACCCAGCAAAGUACCCAACACCACAGGCCCAUGUACCCAAAACACCAGCAAGCCCAACACACACAGCAAUGCCCACAACCCACACCCAGCAAUGUACCCAACUCCCACACCCAGCACCAUGCACCCAACACCAGCCAAUGCAAAACACCCAAAAGCACCCAGCAAAUGUACCCACACACCCAGCAAAUGCACCCACAAAACACCAGCAAUGUAUAAACCCAACACACCCAGCAAAAAUGCAAACCCACACACCCAGCAAUGUACCCAACACACCCAGCAAAUGCACCCAACACACCCAGCAACAUGUACCCAACAACCAGCACAUGUACCAAACACACCCAGUAUGCAACCCAACACACCCAGCAUGUACCCUAACACACCCAGCACAUGCCACCCAACGCAACCCUGGCCGCACCCAAUGCCCAACCCACGCCACCCCGCCCAACAUCGCCCAACAACCCAGCAAAUGUAUUCCCAAAAACCAGGCAAAUGUACCCAACACACCCAGCAAUGUACCUCCACCCGCAAACCCAGCCCAACAUGCCCAACCAGCCGCCCAACCCAACACCCAUGCUCCCAACCCAACACCCCCAGCAAUGUAACACACUCCAGCAAUAACCCAACACCCCCAUCAAAUGCAAACCCAACACACCCAUCCAAUGUACCCAAAACACACCCCAGCAAAUGUCCCAACCCACCCACCCACAAAUGCAACCACACCCAAAGCAAUGUACCCAACACAGCAAAUUCCCAAACCCAACACACCCGCAAAUGA